AUGGCACCGCGACGCGACAAGCGCGCGCCCCGCUUGCCGGUCAGCACGUUCGCGCCGGCCUCCCCUCCACCCCGCCCACCAUGCCGUCCCCGUCCCAACCUCCGCCCGGCCAUAGCUGUCCCCCCAAGCUCGUCUGGCGACCUCUCCGCCCCUCCCUCGACAUGCUCGAUCCCCAGCACACCAACACGCGCGUAUAGUCGUGGCGAGAUGCUCACGUCCCCCCGGUUCGACUGGGACGUGCCACGGCCCCCACCGAGCGAUGUGGACUCGGACUAUCCCAGCCUCGAGUUUCCCAGUCCGCUGCCUAGUCCUGGGUUACCCCGCGUCGAAUUCCGCUCUACGCCUACGCCCGUCGUCGCGCGCGGCGGCGCAGCUUUCACUCCACGCCCAUCACGUUUCCGCGAACCAUCACCAUCCUCGCCCAGCCGCUUAGGACGGAAGAUCAGCCUCAACAACCUCGGUCCGGCGUAUGCUGCCGUCGAAGCUGAGCAGACGUUGCACCUCGAGGCGGUCGAAGGCAUGGAGGAGCUGGAAGAUUUCGACGACGACGGCGACUCGACGUUCAGCUCGGCCAGCAGCUUCCCUGGUCUCGCGUCGCUGAGCAGUUUUCCUGGACGCGCGCGUCUAGGCCCACCUGUGGAAUUGCUGAGCGCGUCUGAGGUCGUUGCUGCGUCUGAGACAGAGGUUGUACCAGAACCAGCAGCGGAAGAGGAGGAGGAAGUGGAAUAUCAGCUAGAUGAGGAUGAGGUCGACCUCGAGCUCGACAUCCGCCACCUCUCGCUCACGUCGACAUCGACGGCCAACACAUCGUCUUCCGACGGCGGGUCAGCGCCCACAACUCCCGGACGAAAUCGCGACCUCUCUGCCUCCCUCGUUCCAACAGGCGCGUUGUCACCUACGCUCUCAGCAAUUUCCGCUUCGACCAUUAGCAAGAGCGGCACGACCGACAGCCUGUGCUCUCCAACCGAGAGCAUUGAGAUCUUAUCGCCCACCUCUUCACCGCCAUUACGCGCACCAAGUGUGCCGGCCACGCCACGACAUGAGGCGACGGGUUACGCCAGCGACGAGAGUGACAUGAUCGUCCCACGUCGACGGCUGAUCGGGCGGCGCAUCAUCGUCAGCGAUGACGAGGACGCGCCGGCCCGGCCUCGUGGAUUGCGUGGGCGGAUCCCAGCUGCCAUUGCAAAAUUGAACGCGUCCAGUGACGAGGACGAGGAGCCCGAGUUCCUUAUGGACUCGAGUAUGGACAGCGCGGGGUCUCUGCGCGAGUUCAUCCUGUCAGACUCGGAGGUGGAGGAAGACGUCGCCGACGGUGGGGACGACGAUGAUGAAGAAGCGUCAUCGUCUGAGGUGGAUUCAGAUGAACCUGCCACCGGCGACACUCUCCCGAUACCCGUGAUCAACCUCGUCAGUGACAGCGAGGACGAUCGGCCCUUGGCACCGUCGCCGCCCUCGUCUGCUGUGUUGACCUUCUCACCGCCCCCACCACCAGUGUCCGUGCCAGACAUCGGCUCCAUGUCCCUCUCUGAGCCAGCCAAGCUUGCCCCGCCGCCCCGGCCCCAGCCACGCAAACAGAUGAGUCCACGUGAGUGGGAGGCCCACCGCGUAAAGUAUGCGCAGGCGCUAUUCGAAGAGCUCGACGUGAACGUGUUCGACGCGCAACUUGGUCGCAGAGGUGCCGGGUGCACCAUCAAGUGGGAUACACGUAUCAACAAGAGUGCGGGGAUGGCGCACCGCCGCGCAACGCGACACAAGGACGGUACCAGCAGCCAAGAGGUAUGGAUCGCGCUCGCAACCAAGGUCGUCACGGAAGAGAGACAGAUUCGGGACACGCUCGCACACGAAAUGUGUCACGUCGCGGCAUGGGUUAUCAGUAAAGAGUUCAAGAACCCACACGGCAAGGUGUUCAAGACGUGGGGCCGCCAGGUCAUGCGCGUGCGCCCCGAUAUCAGCGUGACUACAAAGCAUGACUACGUCAUCAAUUACAAGUAUGAGUGGCAGUGCACCAACGUCGAGUGCCGCAAAAUCUAUAAGCGGCACAGCAAGAGUAUCGACACGACCCGGCAGUUGUGUGGAGCGUGUCGUUCCCGUCUUGCGCCACUGUUUGCGACCAAGGAACUCAGCCCGUACCAACAAUACGUCAAGGCGUAUAUGAAGACGGCGCAGGCGGCCAUGCCCGGCGCAACGUUUGGGCAGAUCAGCCGCGCGCUCUCGGACCGCUGGACGGCUGCAAAGAGCGCAAGUGCCAGCGAGCACGAAGGAUAUUGGCGUGAUUUUAGUUACCCAUAA